AUUACCCUCCGAGCGCCGGCGAAAUCUAGAAAUCUCUGGUACUUCUUGUCCCGUCUCUCCAUUUUUCUGUAUCUCCGUAGCGGCUUCUACACAAUGUCUCUCGAGAUAUCUGAUUAUAUCUAUCUAACGCAUAUAUAUACACCUUUCCAUCCUCUCGGAUUACACAUCCGACAGAAGAGAAAACACAGAAAUCGGUAACGACUGCGACUUGAAUCAGAGAUUCUUAGAGUAGCUUUCAGUGGAAUCAGCAUCCAGAUUCUGUUUUUUUUUUCUGGAAAGGUUUGAUUUUUUGCACGGAUGGCGACAAAAGCAGAUAAGGCGAUCGGCAUCGAUCUGGGCACGACAUACAGUUGUGUCGGAGUGUGGAUGAACGAUCGUGUUGAGAUCAUCCCCAACGACCAAGGCAACCGUACGACGCCGUCGUACGUGGCCUUCACCGACACGGAAAGGCUAAUCGGAGAUGCUGCGAAGAACCAGGUGGCGAUGAACCCUCAGAACACUGUCUUCGACGCCAAGCGUCUCAUUGGCCGGAGAUUCUCCGACCCAUCCGUCCAGAGCGACAUGAAACACUGGCCGUUUAAGGUUGUUUCCGGUCCCGGCGACAAACCCAUGAUCGUGGUCAAGUACAAGGGCGAAGAGAAGCAGUUUGCUCCAGAGGAGAUAUCUUCAAUGGUGUUGACGAAGAUGAGGGAAGUUGCAGAAGCCUUCCUCGGUAACGCCGUUAAAAACGCUGUCGUAACGGUGCCAGCUUACUUCAACGACUCGCAGAGACAGGCGACGAAGGACGCCGGAGCAAUCGCAGGGCUCAACGUUCUGAGGAUAAUCAACGAGCCGACAGCGGCGGCGAUUGCGUAUGGGUUGGACAAGAAAGGGACAAAAUCCGGCGAGAGGAAUGUUCUGAUUUUCGAUCUGGGCGGUGGAACAUUCGAUGUUUCGCUGUUGACGAUCGAAGAAGGCGUGUUCGAGGUGAAAGCUACGGCGGGAGACACCCACUUGGGAGGUGAAGAUUUCGACAACAGGCUUGUGAACCAUUUCGUUGCAGAGUUCAAGAGGAAACACAAGAAGGAUAUCAGUGGAAACGCUAGGGCUUUAAGGAGGCUGAGGACUGCAUGCGAGAGAGCGAAGAGGGCGCUCUCUUCCACCACGCAGACGAGCAUCGAGAUCGAUUCCUUGCACGAGGGAGUUGAUUUCUACUCGACGAUCACGAGGGCGAGGUUCGAGGAGAUGAACAUGGAUCUCUUCAGGAAAUGCAUGGAUCCUGUCGAGAAAGUCCUUCAAGACUCGAAAAUCGACAAGAGCCGUGUUCAUGAGGUGGUUCUUGUCGGAGGGUCGACAGAUUUCUUCAACGGCAAGGAGCUCUGCAAGAGCAUAAACCCUGAUGAAGCUGUCGCCUAUGGAGCUGCUGUCCAGGCCGCCAUUCUUACAGGCGAAGGAAGCCAAAAGGUUCAAGAUCUACUUCUUCUCGACGUCACACCUCUGAGCCUCGGAAUCGAGACAGCAGGUGGAGUGAUGACUGUUCUGAUCCCGAGGAACACUACCAUUCCCUGCAAGAAAGAGCAAGUGUUCUCGACGUAUUCAGACAACCAGACGAGUGUUCUGAUCCAAGUGUAUGAAGGAGAACGCGCAAGAACCAAAGACAACAACCUCCUGGGAAUAUUCGAGCUCAAGGGCAUUCCUCCUGCGCCACGUGGCGUCCCCCAGGUCAGUGUCUGCUUCGACAUCGACGCUAAUGGCAUUCUGAACGUGUCGGCCGAGGACAAGACCGCUGGUGUGAAGAACCAGAUCACGAUCACGAACGACAAAGGGAGACUGAGCAAGGAAGAGAUCGAGAAAUUGGUUCAAGAGGCGGAGAAGUACAAGGCGGAGGAUGAGGAGGUGAAGAAGAAGGUCGAGGCCAAGAACUCGCUCGAGAAUUACGCAUACAACAUGAGGAACACCGUGAGGGACGAGAAAUUCGCGGAGAAGAUGGAUCCUGCGGAUAAGCAGAAUAUCGAGAAGGCGAUCGAUGAAACGAUCGAGUGGAUCGACAGGAAUCAGUUGGCUGAAGUUGAUGAGUUCGAGUACAAGUUAAAAGAGUUGGAAGGAAUCUGCAACCCGAUAAUCUCGAAGAUGUACGGUGGGGCCGGAGCUGGUGCGGCCCGAGGUAUGCCGACGAAUGGCGGCUCAGGCGGGUCCGGGUCCGGUGGUUCGGCAGGUCCCAAGAUUGAAGAGGUUGACUGAAGUGUGAAAGAUAUGAUGAUAAUGUAUGCUUGGGGUGUUGACCUUUUGGUACUCUGUUUUUGGUGAAAGUUUACUAAGCAAUGUAUGAGUGUGAUCAUAUAAUAAGUUUAUGAUUUGUGUGUUUUCAUAUUUCUUGAGUUUUUAAUGUAAUAAAAUUACGUUUUCCU